CAGCAAUGGCCGCUCUGGAGCGGCGAGUGCCGAGUCUCGAUGACUUCGCGGGACAGAGCUGGAGCUCGUGGGUGGAACGGGCCGACCUGCAUGCGGCAGAUGAAACUGAGGUACAAGGGCAACCCCUGGACAAAGCCCCCCUAAGAAGGGGAGGGGCUUGCGUAGCUGAUCAAGGAGACUUUGAAGAUGCCAAAGGGUCCAAAGACAGCAGUUUCUCUACUCUAUGGCCAUCCUAUCAGUGCAGGACCUGAGAAGCUGAGUGUAACUUUGAUGAUACUAUGGGGCUGAGCUGGAGGAGAGUAGCAAAAACAUGAAGAAGUUGGACGCCAUGACCCUCAUUAAAGAAGACAUGAACAUCUUCGGGCACUGCCCCGCCCAUGACGACUUCUAUUUGGUUGUGUGUAACCACUGCAGCCAGGUGGUGAAGCCUCAAGCCUUCCAGAAGCAUUGCGAAAGAAGACAUGGGCCCCUCAGCAAGCUUUAUGCCCGGGCCCCACCCCCACCUCCAGCCCCUGCCAGCUCUCAGAAAUGCCAUGUAGUGAAUGGGCAGGGCCCAGCUUGUAGAGCCCCAGGUUCUACCAAAACCUCCUCCAGGGAGAAGGGCCAAGGGUCCCGGAGCCGUGGCCAUCAGCCUCCUGAGAAGACCCAGAAGGACAACCUCUGCCUUUUCGUGCCUGUGGUGAAUCUGGAGAAGAUGUCCAGUCUCCCGAAGCCUGAUGGACAAGGAGUCAGGGUGGCUCCACCCUCUGCUUUCCUCAGUCAGCCAGGAGGCCUCCCCAAGGACUCCCCUGGAAAAGUCCCCACGGCCCCCUCUCCUAAAGAUCCUCCUGGCAGAGAGAACAUCGAGUUAAUCCCUGGUGAGGGCUCCAAUCACCGGGCCGAAGGCAGCCCCCCGGAGAAGGAGCCCAGUGGAGCCAGGCUGCCUCCUAAAACCCACCGAAAGAUGGCUCGUAAAGAGUUUGACCUCAACAGGCAGUGUGGGGUCAUAAAUCCAGAGACCAAGAAGAUCUGUACACGACUAUUGACCUGCAAGAUCCACUCAGUGCACCAACGCAGGGAGGUCCCAGGCAGGACCAAGGACUUUGAUGUGCUAGUGGCUGAACUGAAAGCCAACUCUCGCAAAGGAGAAUCUCCCAAGGAAAAGAGCCCAGGACGAAAAGAACCAACCCUCGAGCGCCCCUCCCAGGAGCUUCCCUCCGCCAUCCAGGGUGCAGCGGUAGCAGCUGCCCCCAGCAGCACCUCUGCUCGGUCUAAGCAGGCCUAUCCAUACUGUGCACUUCCCAGGUCCCAGGCCUCCUCUGAGAGUGAGGUGGAUGAAGAAGGUCCCUGUGGUGGAGAUGGGGAUCCAGGCCUGUUCCCUUUCCCUCUGCCCCGGGGUGGUGCCCAGGCCUCCAGCGAGGAGAGUGAGGAGGAGGGGACAUCCGAUGACCUCCACCUUCCCCCUGACUGCCAUUAUGCAACCAGGCCCCCUAGGCCACAGGCGUUUUGCACAUUUGGAAGCCGGCUGGUGAGCCCAGGAUGCUACGUGUUUAGCCGCCGGCUAGACCGGUUCUGCUCGGCACUCAGCUCCAUGCUGGAACGGCACCUCAGCUCACACAUGUGGAAGAAGAUCCCACCAGCGGCUGAACCUCCAUCCCAUCUUGUCAGUCCCUCCUUAGCUGAUACCCUGAGUCCAUCCUCUAUGGGCAGCUGCCCCCGACUCCCAGGCCCAUCCCCCCGACCUGCCUGCCCAGCCUCCAUACCCCCCAUGAAGGACAGCCUUGUCCCUAGCUACCCUGCAGGCUCCCCCAGUGUAGCAGCUGCCUGCAGCCAGGCAGAGUGCAUGGGCGGUAGCCAGGCUAUUACCUCACCACUGCCUGCCAAUACUCCAUCUCCGUCCUUCAGCAAGCUGCCACCUUCCAAGGCCAGCAAGUCGUCCAAAAGCAAGGAAGGGGUGGAGAUGGAGGCCCCUUCUCGAAAGCGGAAGUUAUCCCCUGGCCCUACCACUUUCAAACGGACCUGCAUCCUGGAGCCUGCUGGAAAAGCCAAACCCUCUGGCUGUCGGGGUCUCUCAGCCAAGACUAAAACAACCCUGGGCAUGGGGCUUAAUGGAACAGUGGGGCCAAGAGUGAAAAGAGCAGGUCCCCUGGACUGUCGGGGUUCCCCUCACUCAUCUCCCAUACCAGUCAAGGCUUCUCAAAUAGAGAACCGGGGAGCAGCUGGACACCCAGCUAAGGUCCUGCCAACCAACUGCCUCUCUGAGGAGGAGGUAGCCAAGAAGCGGAAAAACCUGGCCACUUACUGCCGGCCAGUCAAGGCCAAGCACUGUCAGGCGGGUGUCCCUCCUGAUGGGACCUGCUCUGUUCGUCGUAAGAAACCAGGUCCAGCCCUGCCCUUUGAGGAGAAGUGCUCUACACUGAAGGUACCAGUCCAGCUUCCUGAAGGACAUGGGCAGAGAGGGGUCAGGAGGGCUGAGGCUGGGGAACACAGUAGGUACGUGACGUGGAGAGGGUGCUAAGGAGAAGAAUCCAGAAAAGGGAAUAAAGGGAAACUGAGAGAACUCCUGGGCCAUCUGCUCUAGGGAGAGGUCGGUCAGCUGUUUCCAAGGUGACCCCAGCUUCUGCCUGAGGGACCUUUCCUCUGCCCAGCCUCCUCCUUUGGGCUUAGGACAUGCUGUUCCAUCCCACCUUUACUUGCACUUUAGUCUAAGGACCAUUUCUUUUUGAGCUGUCUGUGGCCCUCCCUCCAGGACUUGGAGCUACUUUUCCUAAAGGGGAAGGGAGUUUGGGUCCCAGCAUCCUGAGUAGCUGAUGGAUGGGCUGCUAUAGUUGUUUGGUUCUUUCUCUGGCAUUAGGACGUCAGAAAGCAAGUACUCAAUUUAAGGCCCUCAAAGUCAUUUUGGAUUAUAGUAUAUUCUCCAGGUUUCUAGUAAAGCUUGCAGUUAGGUUUAUUUACCUUUUCUGUUGGAGGGUGCUUUCAUCUAUCCCUGUGAUCUCUGUAAGGAGGGAUUUCUGGGAGGUGAGACGCGAUCAUAGGCUCCUGAUUGAGGCAUGGAUUAGGCACAUGCUCACUGUCCUGGCACCUAUGAGGGAAACCUGAUAGUUGGUAAAGGACCUGCCUCUGUGUGUACAGGUGUGUGUAUGUGUGUUCUUCAGGUCUGCCUCUGUUAGGCUGGCAUUCAUUUUCCCCUUGCUCAGUCGUAUUUAUCAAGCCAGCCGAAGGAAUUCAAGGGUUAGCCCAGAUGUUCACAGGGAAGGAUACUAGAUAGGCCCCUACCCUGACCCUGUCUCUUACCUCUU